AUGGAUAUUGAUCUCUUACAUUUCUUCAUCCUAUUCUCCAUUCUUUUGCUUCUAAAAUUUCUAGGAACACGAUUCAGAACCGAAAAUUCACCAUCAAGAUACAACCUUCCACCAGGGCCAUGCAAACUUCCUUUCAUUGGAAACUUGCAUCAACUUUAUGGAUCUCCACCUCAUGUGGCUCUUAGAGACUUGGCCAACAAAUAUGGACCAAUAAUGCAUCUUCAAUUUGGUGAAGUUUCCACAGUUAUUGUUUCCUCCCCAGAGGCUGCAAAGGAAAUCAUGUGCAAACUCGUGACAUCAAUUUUGGCACAAGGCCUCCAAGUGUUGCGGCGGGUUCAGUCCCUUCGAUCAUUGAGAGAGGAUGAAACUUCAACCCUGAUGAGAUUGAUGGCUUGCAAUGCAGGAUCACCUGUAAAUCUCACUAAGAAUCUUCAUUCCUCAUUAUAUGCAAACACUUCGAUUUCGGCUUUUGGGAAGAUAAGCCCCGAGCAAGAAGCGUUCAUAUCCACAGUUCAGGAAGCUGCUAAAUUGAAAUUUCAUAAGAAAUUGGACAGUAUACUCGGUAAAAUCAUUGAUGAGCACAGGACAAACUCUGCUGCGAAGAUUGGAAAUCCUGAAGCUCAUAAAGAUCUUGUUGAUGUUCUGUUACAGUUUCACGAGGAAGAAAACCUUGAGUUCUCACUUCCCACUGAAAAUAUCAAAGCUGUGCUUCUGGAUAUUUCUACUGCUGAAAGUGCGACAGCAGCAAAGACUAUAGAUUGGGCAAUGUUCGAAAUGAAGAAGAAUCCAAGAAUCAUGGGGAAGGCACAAGAAGAAGUAAGAGACGUUUUCAAGGGAAAAGCUCAAAUUGGUGAAGAGGAUUUUUAUAAACUCAAGUACUUGAAAUCAGUCAUAAAAGAGACAUUAAGGUUACAUCUACCAAUACCCUUACUGCUUCCGAGGCAAAGCAUUGAAAGCUGUAGAAUCAAAGGGUAUGAUAUUCCUGCCAAGACCAAAGUCGUCUUGAAUGCAUGGGCCAUCAGUAAGCACCCUUCAUCUUGGAAAUUGGAAUGAUGCCGCGGAAAGAUUUCUUGGUAGCUCCAUCAAUUAUCAGGGAGCAUAUUUCCAAUAUAUUCCAUUUGGUGCCGGAAGGAGAAUUUGCCCUGGGAUUCAAUUUGGAAUGGGUAUCAUUGAACUGAUUCUCGUAAAGUUUUUGUAUCACUUUGACUGGACUUUUACCCUGCGGAAUCAAACCCGAUGAGUUGGACGAGACAGCAGCAUUUGGGCUCUGUGUAACCAGGAAAUAUGAUCUUUGUGUAAUUCCGGUUGUCAAAAAUCCUUUGACUGUUGAGUAAUUAAUCAAUUUUGGGGCAAACAUUAUACUGUACAAUAAACACGAUAAUCAUUUUAAUAUAAAGAAUACUUAUUUUAGUUCUCAC